UCUGUGCUGACGCAAGUCCUCCGGUAUACCGUCAUCAUCAUGAAGACAGAAGCACGUAGAUCAUAGCAGCUCAAUGCACAUGCUUUCCCUCAGUUACUAUUUUAACUAACGCACACUUAGCCAAGAUGGCGGAUUCCGACUCUUGGGACGCUGACAACUUCGAGCCAAAUGUGCCGAUCAGAAGUGCCGUCGUGCGGCUGGAUAGGUGGGAAGGCGAGGACGAGGAGGAAGACGUGAAGGAUAACUGGGAUGAUGAGGAGGAGGAGAAGGAGGAAGAGCAGAAAAAAGCAGAGGUGACAGCCCCUGAGAAGAAAAAAAUAAGCUCUAAAAUAAAAGUCAAAGAAGUUACGCAAAAGAAAAAUCAAGAGUUGAAAAAUAAGUUACAGGAAACACAGAUAAGUGAGAAACUCUCACCAGAGGAGCAACAAGCAGAGAAGCUUCGACAAAAGAAGCUGCAGGAGGAGGCAGACCUGGAAUUGGCCCGUGAGGCUUUCACUUCACAAACAGAAGGGAAGGAGAACACAGGGAAGCAGGUUUUUCCAGGCUCAGGUGUUGAUCCUGCUGAUGCAGAUGCCUCUACUACUGUUAUUACCACAAACAAUGCCUCUGGAAUUGAAGCCAUGUGCCCCUCAUCCAAAGAAGAUUUUGUUGCAUUUGAAAAAUUACUGAAAGAUAAGAUAACACAGUUUGAAAAAUCAGUGCAUUAUUCCAGCUUUUUGGAGUCACUGUUUCGAGAGCUUUGUAUUUCAUUGGAAGUAGAUGACCUGAAGAAAAUAAGUAAUUCUUUGUCUGUUCUACUCACUGAAAAACAAAGGCAAGAAAAGGAAAAGAAGGCAAAUAAGAAAAAGAAGAAAGGUGUGCUCCCUGGUGGUGGUUUUAAAGCAAACAUGAAAGAUGACUUUGAUUUUGGUGACUUUGAUGGUGGGUACGGAAAUGACUAUGAUGACUUCAUGUGACAAAGGCUGAUCAUCCUCCUUCCAAUUCUCUCAGUGCCCAAACACCCCUGCAGACAUGCAGCCAUACCCUUUCAUGCAACACAGCGCCAUCUUUGGGUAAACUGAGCAACGUGUCAACCCUUUACUUGAUUUCAGUGGUGACCUACUCCUCAUAAAGCUGCUAUCAUGCCAUUGGCCCCAGGUGGCAAGUGGGGAAGGCAAAUUUAUUCAGAUGGCCUUGAAAUAUUUUUUUAUUAUCAAAACAGACUGUAUGGUUUGGGACAUCUUUUGUGGAGGUGUCUACUCUGAUUGACCUAAACAAGAAUUUCAAUGCCUUACUGAGAACUUUGUAGAAAAUUUAUUUUUUGCUUUUAUUAAAAGUGACUUCUGUUUUAAAAGCUGUGCAAUUUCAGUUACGCAAUUAAAUGUGAUGGUCUAUGCAAAUUAAUAUCUUUACAAGAAUGUACUUUUUGAAAGUAUGGUUGUACUUUUCUUACAGAUUUCUCCACAAGUACAAACAGUAUCACAGCCUUUCCAAACAUAAACCAGAUAAAUGUAAUUCAGCUUUUAAAGAAAGAAGGUUUGUCUGUGCUUUUAGAGUCAACACUACAUCAUUAACAGGUGGCACACUGAUUAAAUGAAGGGAUGAAAAACUUUUGAAAUGAAAGUAAAACAAAACUGAAAUCAAGCAUCAUCUUUAAUAUGUAGAACUUGACAUUGCCAUCAUUUGAAAGCAACAAAUAUCAAUAGAAUAAUCCUUUAUUGGAGGUCUUUGUUUUGCUUUUCCUACAGAGUAUUAUUUUAUUUUUUAUUAAUUCAGUAUUGCUGCACACUUGAUCAGUUGAUUUAAGAUUCUUAGUAUUGCUAAUCAUGUAAAAAUAUGGUAACACUUAAUAAGAUUCUAUACAUUUACAGUGCAUCCGGAAAGUAUUCACAGUGCUUCACUUUUUCCACAUUUUGUUAUGUUACA